UGAACAGACUGCCCGGGCAGUGCAGGCUGGUGCCCAAUGUCCUUCUGAUUUCCAGCGGGAUUCUCCUGGGCUGCGUCUCUGAUGCCGUGUGGGCACCUGCUCCUGCUGCCCUUGGCGCUGGCCGCGAUGGGGGACUGCAAGGGUUCUCCGGACUGGCGCGAGCCGGAGGGUCUGUCGCGGUGCGCGGCCGGCCCGGAGCUCUCUUGGGGGGCUGCGGCCGUGCCGGGCUGGGUUGCCUCUGUCCCUCCCGGUGGCACCAAGUCUCGGAGGGGGCGUUCGAUCUCCAGGACGCGCCACGUGGAGCUGCUGGUGGUGGCGGAUUUCAGCCUGUACCAGGCGUUGGGCUCCGAUAUCAGGGAGUACCUGCUGGUGCUGUUUGCUGCGGCUGACCGCCUGUACCGUCACCCGUCCCUGGCCAGUGACGUACGGCUGGCAGUGACCAGAAUCCUGGUGAUGCGUCACAGCAGCGAGGGGCCUGAGGUCCUGCAGGAAGCCCAGCAGACCCUGCACAACUUCUGUGAGUGGCAGAGGCAGAUGCGCGCCAGGCCAGAGUGGGCAGGCGAGAAAUACGAUGCAGCCGUGCUCCUGACCCGAGAGAACCUCUGCCAGGAACAUUUCUGUGAGUCCCUGGGCCUGGCUCACAUCGGAACUGUUUGUGAGACUAACCUCAACUGCGCAGUCAUCCAAGAUAUUGGACUACAGAGUGCCUUCACCGUAGCUCACGAAAUUGGGCAUCUCUUAGGUAUGCCGCACGAUAGUUCGGAUAUCUGUAUACAAGUCGGCGAGCUGCCAAGUUCUAACCAGAUGAUGUCGAACCUGUUGACACGGAUAGAUUACUCCGAACCCUGGUCGCGCUGCAGCAGUAAACUCUCUCUGGGCUUCUUCGAGAGCGGACGAGCGGACUGCCUGCUGAACAAACCAGAGGUAUCUCUGGCAGAAUCAGCACCUCUGGCUGGGAGAAAUUACGAUGCAGACCAGCAAUGCCGCCUAACCUUUGGACCAGGACAUCGGUGGAGACCAGGAAGUGACCCCUGCCGCAUUCUUUGGUGUGUAGCCUGGCGGCAGGGGGAGUGGAUUCAUGCCAGCAAACAUCUACCAGCGGCAGAUGGCACUGACUGCGGCCAAGGGAGGGUCUGUAUGAGAGGAGAAUGUGUCUCCAAUUGGCAACAGGCAAAGCCCAUUGAUGGUAACUGGGGAUCCUGGGGGUCUUGGGGCCAAUGUUCCCGGACCUGUGGUGGUGGUGUUCAGUUCUCUCGACGUCGCUGUGACAACCCACUUCCUGCUGCCUUUGGGAGAUAUUGUCAGGGACGGAGAGAUGUCUUCCAGUCUUGUAACCUUGCUCCUUGUCCUGACAGUGGUCGGACGUAUCGGGCUGAACAGUGUGAGGCCAGAAACGUACCUGCUCCCAAUGGGCAGGGUUACCACCAGGAGUGGGAGCCUUACUAUCAUGGAAUUCGCGAGGCUGACCUCUGUAAACUGAACUGCCUCCUCAAGGGCACCUCACAAGUCACGGUUUUCAACAUCAAGGUGAAGGACGGGACUCGGUGCACUCCGCACAGUGAUGCCGUUUGCGUCCGGAGUCGGUGCGUCAAGACAGGCUGCGACGGGGUCAUCGGAUCGAGGAAGCGGUACAACAAAUGUGGGAUGUGUGGCGGGAAGGACUCGGCUUGCAGGCGAAUUAUCCACCGCUUCCACAAGAGGACGGUCAACUACAGCGACGUGGCUGUGAUCCCCAUCGGGGCGGCCAACUUCAAAGCACGCCAGGAGCACCGGCGAGGGCAGACUCGGCUCACGGCCUACCUAGCCCUGAAGAGGUUGAACGGCAGCUACAUCCUGAACGGGGACACUCAGAUCUCAGGUUUUGACAGCCUCCUGAGCGUGGGAGGGGUGGAUCUGCGGUACUUGGGCUGGAGCCCACAGCGAGACGUGCUCGGUGCAGUGACACGUGGCGGGCUGACCGAGCCGCUGGUUUUGCAGGUGUAUACCCCGAGCAGGCAGCGGGUCGUCAGGGUCCUUUACUCUUACUACAUUCCUAGGGAGCAGGCAGGCGACAGAAAGCCCACCCGCAAGACCGCUGUGACACUAACCAGCCACAGUGCACUGCCCAAUCCCACACUGACUGAGUUCAACAUCCCCAAUGUCACAAGUCCCACAAUGGUGCAUGGUGUCACGGUGCCCACUCACACGCCAGCUGAGAUGCUAACUAUCCACAUUGGUGAAGACGCGCUGGCUACUCUCAGCCACCCUCUGACACCAACCCUCCACACAACAACCAAGGACACAGUGCCUAGUCAUAGACCCACACCCACAGUAGCCAGUCGUAGACCCACAUCCACAGUGCCCAGUCACCUGUCAACAUCCACACUACCCAGACGCAGACCCACACUCUCAGUGCCCGGUCACACACCAACAUCCACAGUGUCCAAUCGCAAACCCACACCUACAGUGUCCAGUCACCUGCCAACAUCCACAGUGUCCAAUCGCAAACCCACACCUACAGUCCCCAGUCGUGGAACAACAUCCACACUGCCCAGUCAUAGAAUCAGACUCACAGUGCCCAGUCGUAGAACCACAUCCACAGUGCCCAAUCACAGAACCACAACGCCCAGUCGCAAGUUCACUCCAACUCUAACCCCUCGCUCGAUUACCAAAGUCACACUGCAGUAUGGCCAGCCGGGUAAGAGGGAGCCCUCAAGUGACCUGCACAAUGCAAAACUGCCCACUCCCAAACGGCGUACCCUCUCGCUUUACAGACCACCACGGCCCACCCGCAUCCGGCUUAACCCACCACUGUCCCAGACCAAAGCCUCCUCCACCAGCUGGCAUCCUGGGCCAUGGCAGAGCUGCUCAGUCACAUGUGGGGUAGGAUGGCAGGUUCGGUGGAUACAAUGCCGGGACAGGCGUGGUGUUGUCUCAGCGGGUUGUGACUACCAGAUGAAGCCAGCGAGUAUGGCUCUGUGUGUCAUGCAGAGAUGUUGAGGGGGUGGGGUGGUAUGGCCUCUGUCUUCAAUACCCCCCUUCUCCUAGGCUCCUCACGACUAGCCCCAUUCAAACACUCCCAGGUAAGGGACACCAUGGCAUGAGAUACAGAGUAAAGCUCUCUUUACUCUUUUAAACUGAAAGUAAAGCUUCCCUCAACAUUGAUCACUUCCAGGACAUAGACAGCACGGGGUUAGAAAUCGAGUUAGGCCCCACCUACAGUGUCCCCAUCAAACAUUCCCAGGACAGGGGCAAUGCGGGGUGAAAUACAGAGUGAAGCUCUCUUCACAUUGAGCACAUCAAACCCUCCCAGGACAGGUACAGAACAAAGUCAGAUAGCAUUUAAAAUUCCCUCUCAUCUAUACCUUCCAGGUGCACAGGGCAGAUUCAGCACGGGUUUCGACACAGAUAAAGCUCUAAUGGAAUUUUAAAUUAUUGACUGUUUCUGUUUCAACAUUCUGCCUAUAAGAUGCUGGCUUUCAGUCAGGGUCUCCCCAUGACUGAUGCUGCUUUAUAAUUCACAUUGCGUUGUGUGAUGUAAAUCCCUUCUCUUGAAA